AUGAAUAACACAAACUCAGAAGCAGCUAGUUUGAAUAGCGGGCUGCCUGCAAGCUGGUUUACAAACCAACCACCGCCUAGAGGCAGUGUGGACAGUCAGGAAAGGGAAAGAAUCAAUCAGGAAAAUCGGGAACGCGUUUCGAGGAUCUCACAAAACGAGCAUGCGCUUCGAGAUGCGUUUAGGUUUAGGAUAGACAGGGGGUAUAAUAGAACGCCUCUACAGCAGGAAGGCGAGCCACGCAGGUAUGCGUUAAGAAAUAGUUUUCCGGUUGCGGGAAGUGUUCAGGCAGAAACAAGGAGAGGGGGCCAUCCUCAGGAGAUAUCUACUAAUGCAUCAGAUGAAGAUAUAAAUAUGUCAGAUGAAGGAAUUGAUGUUGACACAAGGAUGAUUCGUGAAUUCCAAGAAGAGGUGCAUGCCAAAUUGACCGAAUGUGUACGUGUAAUAGAGAACAGGCGAGACGGAUUAUUGCACUCCUUUGAAUCGGACAAUAAAUUACUUCUGCAGGUUCAACAAAACCCUAGGGAUAGUGCUGAUCCUGACUUCCUUUCGAGCAUUAACAGACUUCAAAGAAUCCGAUUACGAGCAAUAGAAAUGGAGACGCUACAAUUACAGCGCGUUAAGAGCCAUUUCAAUUCACGAAUGGCGGAUUUUAGAAUUGCUGUUCAAAACUAUCAAGCUGCUAAAUCUCGUGGCGAACAUCCUGAGAAUCCCAUUAAUUCUUACAGGGUAAUUUUUGUUGAGUUAGAUCCCUACAAAGUUUCAGGGAUGAAGAUGGCUUUAGCAAGCAAAAAUGAAGAGACUAACGACUUUGACAUCGGAAAUUCUCGUGAAUAUCCACUGGCUGUUCCCACUUCCCAACAUAUCAGUGUAAAAAAACUGUUUCCAUUAAAUGAGUUGCCUUCCGAAAUUCUAAGUCUCGUAUUAGAUAGACUCUCUCAGAAAGCGGAAGUUGUGAAGCUUUUAACUGUAUGCAAGGCGUGGGCAGAAAUUAUUGUUAAAUUAUUGUACUACAGGCCGCACAUCAACAAAAAGCUCCAAUUAGACUUGUUUAUGCAAACAAUGAAAAAGGAAGCCAGUGAAACGAUAUUCAACUACAGAGCAAUGAUAAAAAGGCUAAACUUUUCUUUUGUGGGAGAUUAUAUGACUGAUAAGCAGCUCGCGUGUUUUGUAGGCUGUCCUAACUUAGAGCGACUAACUUUGGUUUUUUGCAAACACAUUACGAGUGCGUCCAUUUCCGCGGUAUUGCACGGUUGUAAAUUCCUACAAAGUGUGGAUAUAACUGGUAUCAAGGAAGUCUCUGAUAGUAUACUCAACACGUUAGCAUUCCAAUGUCAAAGAGUUCAAGGCUUUUACGUUCCACAAGCCAGAGAUGUCUCCUUCAACGCAUUGCAUACCUUCAUUACACACGCACCUUUAUUGAAGCGUGUAAAGAUUACAGCUAACUUGAGUAUGGAUGAUGAGCUUGUCUGCCUGUUAGCGAAUUUGUGCCCCUUACUUGUGGAAGUUGAUAUAACACUGUCUCCUAAUGUGCACGAUCAUAGUUUAGUGAAAUUGUUUUGCCAGCUAAGUCAGUUAAGAGAGUUUAGAAUAACUCAUAAUUCUAAUAUCACUGACAAAUUUUUGAAAGAGCUAUCACAGAAGGUAUCUCAUCUACCAGCAUUAAGAUUGAUCGAUCUGUGCGACUGUGAAAAUAUAACAGACAAGAGUGUGGAAGUUUUAGUGUCAUUAGCGCCUAAAUUGCGUAACGUUUUCCUGGGUAAGUGUAGUCGGAUAACUGACGCGUCACUCAUUCAUUUAGCAAGACUAGGAAAAAAUCUGCAGACCGUACAUUUCGGUCACUGUUUUAACCUUACGGACAAUGGCGUUAGAGUUCUUAUACAAUCAUGUCCUCGAAUUCAGUAUGUGGACUUUGCAUGUUGUACUAAUUUGACUAAUCGUACACUCUAUGAGCUCGCGGACCUCAGCAAACUGAAAAGAAUAGGGUUGGUAAAAUGUUCCCAAAUGACUGACGAGGGUCUUCUUAACAUGAUUGCUCUACGUGGACGUAAUGACACUUUGGAAAGAGUUCAUUUGUCCUAUUGCUCUAACUUGACGAUCUAUCCCAUUUAUGAAUUGUUAAUGGCUUGUCCAAAGUUAUCUCAUCUUUCGCUAACUGCUGUUCCAUCUUUUUUAAGGUCUGAUAUUACGGCCUUUUGUAGAGCCGCUCCUUCAGACUUUAGUGAAAACCAACGUCAAAUAUUCUGUGUUUUUUCUGGCAAAGGAGUUCAUAAAUUAAGGCACUAUUUGAUCAGCCUCACGGCACCAACAAGUGGGCCCGAAACUAAUGUUAGAGAGGUCCUUACAAAUUUUAUUGUUUCAAAGCAUCUCGUUGAGGAUGGUGAAGAACUAGAAGCUGGGAUUCGCAGAGUAGCUAGAGAGCUGAACCAAGAGACGCCUGCUAUAUUAGCCGCUACUCAUAGUUUGACUCCGCUCAACGCCCUGAACAAUAAUGAUUUCGCGUUCCAGAAUAUUAAUUUCGAAAGGCUUGACGAUGUUUUUAGCUGUUUGCGACGAGUUCCUCAGGACAGAAUUCUUACGGAACAAGACGUUGAUAAGCUAUUUCCAUUGAUCGACGAAGAUUUCUGUGAUGAUCCUGAUUGCGAGCAAUAUGCUGGUGUGGAUGGAUGUGUUGCUCCGGAGGCAUCAGAAGAUCUGAACAGCGAAUUAGCACAAAUGGUAAGGAAGUUCCACCAUUUGCAGGAACGCGUCUGCGAUUUUGAAGUUAAUGUUGCAAGCAUGGUACGAGUUCAAUUUCAAUUUGCUGGUGCUCUUUUGAAUGAAAUGACGCAUAUCUACUUUCAAAUGGUCGAUUUGAAUCGGUGUAUAUCGCAAAUUCAAAACAGAGUUUAUGAUGUGGGUAUAGCGAAUGAUGUCAAGGGACUGACAAUUUGGAGAAUUAUGUGGUUUGAGAAAUUUGAGCAUCUUCUGGAGAAAUACGAAUUGACUACCGUGGUACUACGUCUUUAUUUGCGAGACAACGUUGCAGCGCUCACGAGACAGAGAGAAUUGUUUCUAGCACGCCAACGUGCUGCACUCGAUAUUUCGAUGAGGCCUGCUGAAGGUGGCAACUCAGAGGAACCCUCAAAUUCCGAUGUUUGGGAAGAUGCGUUGGAAGACAGGAACGGAUUUUGGCAAAGAUUUGACAUGCGUAACGACAUGCGUAUGAUUCAGUUUGGCUCACGCGGUAUUCCUAUACCUGGGAAUGAAAUUCCUCCUAUGCGGGCCUUUUUGCCUAAUGGUGAUGUAGAGCCCACGGCUACGUCGCCUGAUGAAGAUGAAGCUUUGGAAGAUGCCUAG